AUGGGGGAGAUAAGGCAUCAAAAGUUCAAACCGUGUGGAUGUGUUAAUGUUCAAGACCCUAGGAAAGGCGUGAAUCCUUGUGACAACGAUUCAACAUGCCCCUUCAAUGCUGGACCAGAUAAGAUCACUGGACCAGAAAUGUAUGACCAAUUUUAUGCUGUUGGAGGUGCAAUAACGUUUGACAACCAGACAGACGAUGUUGAAGGUGACAUUGAAAGGGCAAUGGCAUUACUGAAUGAAUUGAAGGACAUCUUAGCCACUGACAACUGCUCUGGAAGUAGAAAUUUUAGUCCUCAAGCCUUAGAACUGGUGAAGUGUCUAGAAAAUCUUGUGAAUGGAGAUUCAUUGGUCAGUGAAAAUGACUACAUAAUGCGAAAUUUUUCAGCAGGUGAGUUGAAUGAUGACCUCGAAGGACUGGAAGGUGUGACACGCUUUGAUGAUCUCAAUACAAGGUUUAAGGACAUGAUUUGCAAGUUUUACAGUGAAUUGGAGCCACUGGAGGAUGGAGUGAAAGAAAAGGCGAUUUCCAACCUGGAGAAAAUGCGCAAAGCCCUGAUGAGUGGUGAGAUCGUGAAGGGGGAAAUGGAGAACACGUCUCGUGACGAGGAUACAAAAAAGGGAGCAUCAUCCUCUGCUCCGGUGGAAUGUGAUGGUGGAACAUGUGAAAUUGAGCAAACAGGAGAGAAUGCGGAAACUGAACCCUCGGACAGGGGGACGCGUAACACCUCACACUACCCAUUAAUGGAGGAUAAUGACGGAUUUGCAAAUACUUUGAAAGAUAAUGCCUCCAAUAUGCCUUCAAAGAAGGUGGAAGCAACGUUGAAUGCAGCUUCAAACAAUUCAGUGAUGGAAAGGGAAAGAAAUGUCCUCUCCACAAUCGACAUUCGAGAGAAGAUUACAUCAUUCCUUUGUAGACGAGAUAACUUAACUUCAAUGAAGUUCGAUGAAACAUUGCUGCCAAUGCUUCAUGAUUUGGAUGACAUUUUGAACACACUUGAAACCAGACUCAGCACCUCGAAACAACCGCUAUUGUCCGAUCACCGAGAUUGUCAGAACUCGAUCAAGCCGACCGCUACUUUGGCUUGGGUGAUUUCGUGUUUGGAAGGCUUCAUUAAACGCAUUGAACCGGGGAUGCAAGUUCCAGAAUGCAGUCUGGAGGCCAAGAUUUGCACCCUCUUAUGCAUUUCCGCCUAUUUACUGCAAGUCCACCGUCCUGACUUGUCCAACUUGGAAAUGGUGGAGGAGGUUUUGAAAUGCCUUCACAUUGAGCUGUCUCUACAAGGCACAGGAGCGUCUGAACUGGCUGCCUACACACGACAACUGGAGGAGAUGGUUUUAAAUGCCAAGACGCUUACAGGUAACACCAAAUUGGAAGGGAAUGACGAGAGAGAAGCACCAAAUUCAACAAUUCUUAUAGAUGCAAAUCAAACUCAACAAAAUGACCCAACAGAUGAGGAUGUUGUAGAUGCGACACAAAAAGCUCCACUACAGACCGAAGACGCACCUAAAAUUUGUCACCAAAUCACUCCACUGGAAGGUGGAGUUGAAGGUGAGCAGCCAAUCACCUCCUAA